AGCGGCUUUCCAGACACAUGCUGGAACACAUUGGCAAAGACAGCAAGGACAAUUUCGAUCUGAAACCCGACAAGGUAAAAGACGACAAUUACAACAGAACUUUGAGCUGUCUGCGCAAGCAUCUGCAUGUGAUACAAUUCGCGGAACUGAUUGAGUCUACGUUCACAAAUAUAUUCCUAGUCAGCGUUUGCCUGAACAUGAUUGGAGGUAGUAUGAUCGGCAUACAAGUAAUCUUAAACUUAAACGAUGCAAAGGAUAUCGUAGAACCCUUUGCUAUUUAUAUCGCGCAACUCAUUCAUCUCUUCCUACAAUUCUGGCCAGCUCAAUUUCUAUUAGAUUAUAGUAUCCUUCCUUAUGAAUCAAUUUGCAGAUCAAAUUGGUAUUACACUUCGGGAAGAUGUCGAAAACUUCUUUUUUUAAUCAUGAAUAGGAGUUUGUUACCAUGCAAAAUAACUGCUGGUAAGAUCGUGCCUUUGACUAUUGAAAACUUUGGCAGGGUAAGCCAAUUGCAUCAAUAUAUUCACUAUUCUUAUUUUCACAAUUUCUUAAUUUCUAUCCCUAAAAAAAAAUUUUGAUUUCACUCUUCUCAAAGGUUCUAAAAACAAUGAUGUCUUAUUUCACGAUGCUACGUUCCUUUAAAUGACGAUUUCAACGUAUUUUUCUGCAAUUUAUAAAGUUUUUAUAAAAUUCAUGUAGGUAUUUACAUAUAAUUUGCCAUGACCACAGUUUCAGCAAGUGAUAAAUUUGAGUUAAUUUAAAAAUAUCAAAAAUAUGUGAUAAAAUAUUAGAUGGUAACAAAUCUUAUAUCUUUUCAGUGUCGUUCGUACACAAUAAUGGGUCUUUCUGGCAUUGAUUUUUGAUUACUUUCUAACUUUCAUUUUCUUGGCAUUGAUAUUGUAUUUCAUUUUUCCAUUUUUUUGUUAUCUCGAAUAAUACUAGCUAAAAGUGACUCACUGUGUCUGAUACUGACUGGUCAACAUAUUAAGACUCAGUUUUGGAAUUAUUCAUAGUAAUGUUUAUGAUAUGGUGCUUUGUGAUCACGGUGAGCGUCUUUAUUUUUGGGAUAAUUAAUUAUAAUUUUAAAGUUUUUUGAUAAAUAAGUUUUCCAUAGUCU